UUUUCUGCAACAAAGAUUCCACAGCAGCAGCAUGGUGAAUCCUUCUACUGAUACUGACCCACUCCAACACCCCUUCUUCACCAAGGGAGCCCCAGUGGAGGUCAGCAGCGACGACGAAGGCUUUCGAGGCGCUUGGUACUCCGCCACAAUUCUCGAAAUCCCUCCCAAGUCCGCUUCCAAGAAGCGCAAGAAGGCCUUGGUUAAAUACAAAACUUUGCUCGCCGAUGUUGGUUCCUCCCCUUUGACGGAACAUGUCGAUCCUGCUUAUAUCCGCCCUUUGCCGCCUAAUGACAAGGGGACUGCUCACCUUGACGUAAAUGACGUCGUUAAUGCGAGCUACAGAGAUGGUUGGUGGACUAGGGUUGUGAGGAAGGUUUUGAAAAAGUCCAAAUACAGGGUUUACUUCGAUAAUCCACCUGAUGUCAUUGAAUUUGAGAGGAAAGCUUUGAGGUUUCAUUGGAGCUGGAUCGACGGCAAAUGGGUUCGCCCUGAAAAGCAGCAAUCGACAGGCUCCAUUUUUAGCUCAGGAACAACUGUGGAGGUAAAUAUCGACAAUGAAAACAUAGGCAAUAUUUGGUACCCUGCAUUAGUCAUAAAAGAAAAUGAGGACAAUACUUUCCUGGUGAAGUAUCAGAACUCUAUGAAUGGUGAUGAGCCUGGGACAGUAAAAGUUGUUGAUUCCCUCCAUAUCAGGCCCGCUUCUCCUCGAUACGCAGAUAGAAACUAUGAAUUGCUGGAAAGAGUGGAUGCAACAUAUAAUAUUGGUUGGCGAAGUAGAGUAAUAACCAAAGUUCUUACAGGAAGAAGGUACAAUGUCUUUUUUAAGCAUGGAAAUGAGGACAAGGGAUUCUAUCACUCAGAUAUCAGACCUAAGGUUGAAUGGACUGAUGGCAAAUGGGUUAGUAAAUCCAAGGAAGUCAUUAUUGCGUCUGAUGAGCAAGAGCAGAUAGGAAUUGCUCUCUGUGAUACCCGAAAGAUCAAGGUGGAUGGAGAACUUGAUAGUUCCUUACCCUCAAAAGGAAACACUGAAGAUAAAACUCCUUUGACAAAGAUGAACAAGAAUGCUGUGGAAAAGUCGACUUCCACUGAUGAAAACAAUGCUUUGAAAACAAGCAAGAAGAAAGUCAAGCUGGAAACAUCAAAUGGUAACACUUCUCACCCACGGCCUUCAAAAAAGCUGACUGAAGGAAAUGCAGUAGAGACACCGGUAUCAGUCACAGGCAAUAAGUUAAAAGAUAUGCCUAGUGAAACAUUGUGUAAAGAAGACACCCCAAGGACUGGUGGUAAAGGUGCUAAAUUCUCGAAGAAAACCGUGAUUGAUGAUGACUCUUGUGCCAAGAUUGAGAGCCCGACAACAGGAGCAACAACUCAAACUGCCUCAAAUGAUGACUGCCUUUUCUGUCAACAUCACCAUUUUAACUGGACAACUAAGAGGCAGAAAGCUGGUUCAGUUGACAGUACGGCAAAUAACCUUGUGAAAAGGAAUGUCAGAGCUAGAAAGUCACCAAGUAAAGGCCCACAGGGUACGGCAGCAGGAAAAGAUGGAGCUACACGGAUUGCUGAAGAAACUAAUGAAGGGACGAUUAAAACAAAAGAAGUUGAAAUGCCCAUCGUCAUAGGAUUAACAGCAAUCACAAAGACUUUACAGGCUGAAAAUUCCCUUCAGAUUCCUAGUGAGGAACCUCAGAAGCUAAUGGGGGAUCAAAAGAAUAAUGUAAAUGAUUCAGUCAUAAAUGAGAACAUGGGAACAAAGGAGCAUAAAGUUGGAGCCAGCAAUCAGAAAAGGAAGAGGGGAAGACCUAGUAGAUCAGUAGUUACAAGUACAAAGGCUUUUGAUGCUGGUAAGGAGCAAAAUGGGGCUGGAGGAAUCACUGAUGAAAAUGCUGUAACAGAUUGUGCGAGUGGUGAUGCUUGUUUGUCAAAAUGUAAAGGGGUGGAUCUGUCAGCCGCUGAAAAUUCUAGAGGAAGGACAAGUGACAAUUACAAAACAAAAGAGGUUCACAUGGCGGCUCCUGGGAUUUUUGAAAUGAUUGAUGAGGAUCGGCCUCUUUCAACUUGGAUAGGAGGAAUGCAUACUUUAGGUGAUGAAGAAUCAAGACUCCACCCUACUAGGCUUGUCAAUGGAUGGAAUGGGGAAAAAGGAUUGGUUGAUGUUCCAAUUGAAUCUCUUACAACUGAUGCUAAUGAUAAAAGUCCAUUGAUUAAUGAUCAGAGUUUGCCUUUUGUGAAGAGAUCACCUGUAUGGCGAACUAUUGACUCUAUGGAUAUCUUCCGAAUUGUGCCUCAAAAACCACAUUUUCUACCUUUGGCUGAAAACAGAGAGGAGUUUCGUGAAGGAUCAGCAAUUGGUAUCAUGGUAACCUUUGCUAGUUUGUUUAAGAAGAUAUCUAUGUUGCAUUUUGAUGAACCUAGAGAUACAUUUGACAGCGUUUCGGAAAGUCUUAGUGACUUGGAAAAGCAUGGAUUUGAUGUUACUAUGCUUCGGCACCGCUUGAAUAAACUACUUUCUAUCAAAGGAGGACAUAAUCAGCAACUAAGGGAGAGAGAAGCUGAAAGGGAGAUAGUUGAGAGUACAAAGGAGAUAUCUAAAUUCGACGAAGAGAUGGAAGAGAUCGAAAAGAAGAUUACCCAGUUACAAGAACAACAUGAGUCCAUAAAAUCGGAGAAGGAGACUAAGAAUCUUAAGGUUGGUAAUUUGAAGCUCCAUGUCAUUGUUCUAAACAAACUUAUUCAGAAUGCGUCUGAUGAGUUUAAGAAAAUAGCUACCGCCUCCUGGAAGUUGCCGUAAUAGACUGAUGGUGGUGCUACUCAACGGUUUCAUCUUCGUACUGCCAAGACCCCUGGAUCACAGGUGAGGGUGGUGGUUGUUAAAUAUGUGGAUGCAAAUUGUAGCGGUUAGCAUAACUUAGUAGAUGAUCUAUUUUGAUUCAUGAAUAUGAAUGUAUUUGCUGUUUCAUGAACAUAAAU